UUAUUACAAAAAAAAUCUUCAAUGUUUUAAGUUUCUUAAAGCAUAAAAUUUGUAUUUAAUGAAAUAGUGUUUUGUUUUACACAAUGUAUUUAAAUGUAAGUUUAUUAGUCGUAAUAUUGUUGAGCUGUUUUCAAUUUAGUGCAUUAUCAAAAGUUAAAGAUGAUUCCAAGUCUAAUGCUUUGUCGAGAAGAAAGAGAUACGUUGCUUUUCCAGAAGGUUCCAGUUUUUCGUGUGCCGGCUGCAUGACAGUAGGACUGAUAGGACAGCCGGCCCCGUCUUCAAGUCCUGGCACCUUCACGUUCAGCGUCAACUGGGCGAUAGCAUACGAGCUGCCCAACGUCACGGAGACUUCGAUAUACUUCCUGCAGAAGAAGUACUUUAACAAACAGCAUCUACAGAAGAGGAUUAAUAGAAGAGAGCUGUACGGAAAAUUGGAAGCCAUUUUGGAUAACAUGGGUUACAGCGGGCGAGAGUGUAUCCUGAAGACGUUAUGUGAGACAACACAGAGACUUGUGCCACACGGAGAUAACGUCCUUGAGGAGAUGUUCAGGACUUUGUUUACGAUGCCACCAACAAAACUCCUGCCAACAGAACCACUAGAGCACGCAAUAUACGACGCGGCACAUCGACUCGGGCGCAUCGUAGAUUCAUGCGAUCGAUUCAAAUGUCCGAUCUCAUUGGUCGAUCUUAUCAAAGGGUAUUAUAAUGCUCCAGCGCCGAAAGUGGAUGUUGGACUGAAUCCUUGGGCACUGUUUAGUAGUAAUUUUGGCUAAGUUUAUAAAAUGUUUUUUUGGUGCAUUUCUGCUCUUAUGAAUUGUUUCUUAUAAGGGUAGAUUUGUGUAUCAUUAAAAUUGUGCUUGAUGGAAAUUAAUUGAAUUAUUUAAUGGUUAUUGGGCUGCCUUUAGAAUUUAUUUUUAAAGCAGUUUAGAUACAAUAAAU